CAUCGUUCGGCUUCCCUCAUAGUCUCUCACAUGAUGAUCAUCGGAGCUCUGUCAUGGCCAUGCUGAUCGUCAUGAUUCGAUGAAGAUUGUGUCACUAAUACUGGCAGGUGCAUUUAUUUACUCUGCCUCCCUCAGUUUUCGGCAAACGCCGUCGGCCUAAUCCGCAGCUGAAGGCACAAAUUUCAUUCUACGCCAGACUAGUUGACUACAAUUUGAUCAAUGUACUUCUACAGAAUAUGUCUCGCCUUAUCUCGCUUGAUCUGAGGACAGUGUAAUGGGAGAAAAUCUCCGACUCGAAAGAUGCAGACCUGAUUGGGAAGUCUGGGCCGGCCUAGACAUUCCACAUGCUUCCAGAACCACCACACUAAUGUAAUGCAUGCUGCAUAUCUUCUGAAGGGCAUUGGAUUUGCUCAAGCCACUUGGUCCCUCUUUCUCGGUGUCUCCGUCAGCGUAAGCAUGUGGUCGUCAACUGAUUAUCGCAUUCGUAUCGCAUCCCUGCAUCACGGAGCGUCAGGCACCCCGAAAUAUAGGUGACAGUGGCUUGGCCUCUCGCGCCAUUCCGACGCCCUGUCUUGGAAUGAUCGUCACGGAAGUGUCCGGAUAGCCAUGAGGCUCACCGGCCUGGCCCUACAAGCGCACUUUGAUCGCUAUGGCCAGUUCAUAUCAUCCUGGUGGAAAGAUAAGCAAAUGGCAAGCGUUGGCCAUCUCUUCAGCCAUUUUGCUUCGUGAUGAUUAUGUACGAAGCGUUAUAUUGUGAGAGGCUUUGGAAUCUUAAUAUAAUUAUGGGGCUUGACGUAGUGAACACUGGUUCCGACCGAUCAGGUCGUUUAAUUUCAAACCUCUGCGGUUAUCAGGAAUGGCUAUGUCAUCAGUUCUCUCUUUCCACUUGUACAGACCUUCUGCAUCCUGCGCG